AAAAUCCAGGAGCGGAAGAAUAUGUUAAUAUCCGCCGAAGGAGAUUCCUCAUACAGCAGGAAUAUAAAUGGACAGGAGAAAUCGUUUUUGGUUAUUGUUUAUCCCUCAGUUUCCUUAUUACAUGUUUCUUGUGAAGAAAUCCGUUUUUUGAUUCUAUGAAUCCCCCAAAUUUGAUCUAGAAACUUCUGAACCCUCUGUUUUCAAUCUUUUCCCCCUCCCAACAAAACCCUAUUCUUUGUUGUUUAUCCCUCAUCAAUGAAGAAAUUCCGUGUUUUUUGCACAGACCCGGAUGCUACAGACUCAUCGUCUUGCGACGAAGACGAUCAAAUCGGCGAAAAACCCACAAAAAGGAAGCGUUUUUUGCGCGAAAUUACUCUUUCCGCCGCCGAAGAGGCGCCGAAAGAACCUAUUUUACAUGUUACUCCGGCGGAAGAAACUCCGGGAAAUGCGGUGAAGUACCCGGGAGUUCGACGGAGAAAGUGGGGAAAGUAUGCAUCUGAGAUUCGUCACCCAAUUAAUAAGGUUGAGGGAAUUGGUGAAAAAGUGGAUGAAAUUGUGGAAUUGCCUGAUGGGGUCAGGAAGGUUAAGUCAGGGAAAUGGGGAGCUAGAAUUCGGCACCCGAAAACAAGUGAUUGGAUUUGGUUGGGGAGAUUUGAUAGUGCUGAAGAGGCUGUUAGGGUUUAUAAGGAGAAAGAAGGUGAAUUUGAGGGGAGGUUUAAGAAUGAGAAAGAAGAUGACGUUGAUGAUUUUGAGGGAAGGAAGUUGGGGUGUAGUGUUAGGGAGUUGGGAUAUAGGAGGUGGGAAGCUCGAGUUUGGCAUCCGAGAUUGAAGACUCGUGUUUUGGUGGGUGUUUAUAGUAGUCGUAGACAGGCUGAAUUGGCUUAUAAGAAGAAGAAGGUUCAGUUUCAAAUGAAGUUUAGGUGUAACAAGAGGUUUGCGCCUAAAUGUCAGAAGGUUGAUCGAUCUUUGAGACCUGAAUGUGGGUCUGGAAAGAUGGAUGGAUGCGUGAGCGAUGGGGGUGGUUAUGCUGGGAGAGAAAUUGUUAUUGCGUUGCCUGCUCCUAGAUUGUGUAGUGAAGGUAAAGCUAUGAAUUCAGAGUUUGUUAAGGCAGUAGAUGAUGAAAAUGAAAAUUCUGGAGGUGUGGAGUUGCCUGCUGGUGUUAGAAUGACGAAAUCAGGCAGAUUUGGUGCUCUGAUUUCUGAUCCAGUUUUGGGGACUGGACAUUGGCUGGGUUCUUUUAAAACCCUUGAAGAGGCAGGGAAUGCUGUGAACAGGAAAAUGGCUGAAUUUGAAGAGGCAGGGAAUGCUGUGAACAGGAAAAUGGCUGAAUUUGAAGAGGCAGGGAAUGCUGUCAACAGGAAAAUGGCUGAAUUUGAAGAGGGUUUUAGGUUGAGACGGAGGUCUAAUCCUAUGCGUAAGUGUGUUGAACAAUCUCGAAGACCUAAAUGUGGGUGUGAAAAUACAGAUGAAACCUGUGGUGAAGUUGGAAGAGAGGUUGUUAAUGGUUUGGCUGCUCCUACUAGAUUGACUAGUGAUGGAAAAGCCAUCAGUUUAGAGUUAUUUAAGGCAGUAAAGAGUGAAGAGUCUGACAGGGUUUUGCCUAAAGGUGUUAAGAUGACGAAAUCAGGCAGAUUUGGUGCUCGUGUCACCCAUCCAGUGUUGGGUACUGAACUUUGGUUGGGUUCUUAUUUUACCCUUGAAGAGGCUGUGAAUUCUCUUAACAGGAAAACUGCCGAGUUUGAGAAGUGCUUUGAGUCUAGGAAGAGGGUCAGACCUGAUGAUGAAGUUAUUAACUCUCCAAAGAAGACUAAAUAUGGUUUUUCCAACGGUUCUCCCACUUCAAUUUUGGAUUGUGAGAAUGAGAAUAUUGCAACUAUGAAUUCUGAGUUGAAGAAUGAAGUUGCUGACUAUGGGGUAGUUCAUGGUUUGCCUUCUUCAGAUGUUGAACCUGGCAAAGUGAAUGGUGGACAUGUCAAUGCUCUCGAAAGCAAAGCCAGCGUCACUAGUUCUGAGAAUCAGCAGGAACUCGUUUUGCCUCUCAGUUUCGACGAUGCAGUGAGGUUGGGAAUUAUGAACCAAUAUGGACAACUUCUCGGGGAGUAUAGCAAGUAUGAUGAACCAAUGUGGUUAAGCGACCACGAUGAAGGUGAGGAAUCCACAGACUAUAGUUGAAGGUGCUGUAAAUCUUUGCGGCCUGUACUAUUUUACUGUUCUUUUCUUUAACUUGUCUUUCUCCUAGAAUAAACUCUGGAGCCCCCAAUCAGGGAAAAGAAUGUAAGGUGAAUGCCUUGCAGGCGCAGGUGUUUACAGUUUGUGUAAUUGUGUUGGAGACAGAUGUUGGCUUGUCUUGGCUUUUUAGUACUGGCCUUUUAUGUACAUACUUUGCUGAUAUCUGGAGCUUCAGUAAAUAUAGGAAUCGUAGUAUCAUACUGCAAUGUUUUUGUGGUCUCUUUUCAACUUUGUGGUACUUCUAGUUAAUGACAGACAUAAUUCAACUCUGU